GUGAAUUGUUUGAAAUGACUAUCAGAACAACAUUGCAAAUUCAAGGUCUUAAAUUAAAUUCUUGUUUAAAUGAUUUGUUUAAACCUGCAGUGUUGCUUGACUGGUGUGAUAUAGUGUGAUAGCCAGUCUUACUUCGGCUAGAUCUACUAGUCGUCGGCUCAUCUUUAUCUUUAACCUUUGGUGUUUAUCCAUUAGUAUAAUUCUUAACCUAAUAUUUAUUUUUCAAUUGAUAUAAACAUACAUGGCUGAGGAUGAGGUCAAUCACUCUAGGUAUGCUGAGUUUUGAGUUCAUUCAAGAAAAAUCUAGUCACUGUUCAUGAUGUGCGAUGAUGUCAACUUCUUUCGACUUUAUUGCUUAUUGAAUUCUUACAAACCGUAGUUCUGGUGUUUUUGGCUGGAUUUGGACCUGGUGGAGCCCAAUGUCUACAAAUCUUCUAAGGGCCGCUGAGAAACAAAUCUUGUCUUGUUUGAAAACAGCAUACAAAGGAUGGUACGUGGAUAUCGGGUCUGUGGUGGGACCCGCUGACAAGAUAUGGACGAUUUCGCUGAACACAGACUCUGCAAAGACACCGCUGGUGCUGCUGCAUGGCCUUGGCUCCGGUGUCGCACUCUGGUGCCUCAACCUCGACGCUCUAGCCGCCGAACGACCCGUCUAUGCCAUCGACGUACUAGGAUUCGGAAGAAGUUCGAGACCGUUAUUUAGUGCUGAUCCAACGGAAGCUGAGCAACAGUUUGUAAAAUCAAUAGAAGAAUGGCGCCAAGAAAUGCAAUUGAAAAAGAUCAUCCUUCUAGGACACAGUAUGGGAGGAUUCCUAGCUGCAUCUUAUGCGAUUCACCACCCUGAAAGAGUGAAUCACCUAAUUUUAGCAGACCCAUGGGGAUUCCCCGAGAAGCCAGCCGAUGUAGUUUUGAAGAACAAUAUACCGUUUGUUGUGAGAGCCAUAGCUUACUUGAUGCAGCCUUUCAAUCCGUUCUGGGCUAUCAGAGCAGCUGGGCCUUGGGGUCAAGCUUUGAUAGAGAAAAUGCGACCCGAUCUAGUUAAGAAAUUUUCUCCUGUAUUAUCGGACUCUAGCUUGGUUUCCCAGUACUUAUUUCAGUGUAACGCACAAUCUCCAUCGGGUGAAGGAGCUUUCCAUUCUAUGAUGACAGGCAUGGGUUGGGCCAAGAAUCCGAUGCUGAAAAGGAUACACCUGCUUCACAAGCAAGUGCCAGUCACAUUGCUGUAUGGCGGUCGGUCGUGGAUCGAUAAUUCGGCCGGAGAAAAAAUCAGGGAACGCAGAAAGGAGGGCUAUGUCAAUGUCCAGAUGAUACCCGGAGCAGGACACCAUGUCUAUGCUGACAAAUGCGAUGUUUUCAAUAAAUAUGUUAACGAAGCAUGUGCAAUAUUUGACAAAAGUGAUGAAGAUACUAGAAGAGGAAAUCUCCAGGUCGAUUCUGAUUGAGUAUUUUAGUUUGUAAAAUGUUUUGUAUUCGAAUUUAAUUUAAGGUGACGGAGAUGCCAUGCCAAUCGCACCGAAUUUAUCAAAAGUGCCCUCGUUAAUAAAUACUAUUAUUAUUAUUCUUCUGCAUUUCUUGAUAAUUAGGAGUAAUAGUAUUAGCAAUAAUAUCAUUGAUAGAGGUAUUUAUUAAAUGUUUACCAAGUAAACGUUGAAAUUGGAUAUUUUUACUUGUUAAAAUUGUAUAUAGUUUAUAAAAGUAAUAUUGAAUAUUUUGUUGUA